AACUGAGAGAAGAGAGGUGCAUGGCUGCGUCCUGAUCCCAAAGCCCAGAGGAAGCUUCCCUAGAAGGGUAGGCAAGUGAGCCAGGUGUACAGAGGGCAGCCCAGAGCCCUACCCUUGCCCCUGCCCUCCCCUGUGGGGGCCAGGAUGCUGAAGAAGCAGUCUGCAGGGAUUGUGCUGUGGGGCGCUAUCCUCUUUGUGGCCUGGAACGCCCUGCUCCUCCUCUUCUUCUGGACACGUCCAGCACCUGGGAGGCCCCCCUCAGACAGUGCUCUUGAUGAUGACCCCGCCAGUCUCACUCGUGAGGUGAUCCGCCUGGCCCAGGACGCUGAGGUAGAGUUGGAACGUCAGCGGGGUCUGUUGCAGCAGAUCAGGGAGCACCAUGCUCAGUGGAGGCAGCGGUUGAGAGUACCCACUGCGGCCCCUCCUGCCCCACCACGUGUGCCUGCGACUCCGCCACCAGCAGUGAUCCCCAUCCUGGUCAUCGCCUGUGACCGCAGUACUGUCCGGCGCUGCCUGGACAAGCUGCUGCAUUAUAGGCCCUCGGCUGAGCAUUUCCCCAUCAUUGUCAGCCAGGACUGUGGGCACGAGGAGACAGCCCAGGUCAUAGCCUCCUACGGCAGUGCCAUCACACACAUCCGGCAACCUGACCUGAGCAGCAUUGCUGUGCCACCUGACCACCGCAAAUUCCAGGGCUACUAUAAGAUUGCACGGCACUACCACUGGGCGCUAGGCCAGAUCUUCCACAGGUUCAAGUUCUCAGCAGCUGUGGUGGUUGAGGAUGACCUGGAGGUGGCACCAGACUUCUUUGAGUACUUCCAGGCCACCUACCCGCUGCUGAGGGCUGAUCCCUCACUCUGGUGUGUGUCUGCCUGGAAUGAUAACGGCAAGGAACAGAUGGUAGAUUCAAGCAAGCCCGAGCUGCUCUACCGAACGGACUUUUUCCCUGGCCUGGGCUGGCUGCUGUUGGCUGAGCUCUGGGCUGAGUUGGAGCCCAAGUGGCCCAAGGCCUUCUGGGAUGACUGGAUGCGCAGGCCAGAGCAGCGACAGGGGCGGGCCUGUGUGCGGCCUGAAAUCUCGAGAACGAUGACCUUUGGCCGCAAAGGUGUCAGCCAUGGACAGUUCUUUGACCAGCACCUCAAGUUCAUCAAGCUGAACCAGCACUUUGUGCACUUCACCCAGCUGGACUUGUCCUACCUGCAGCAGGAGACCUACGAUCGGGAUUUCCUUGCACGUGUCUACGGUGCUCCCCAGCUACAGGUGGAGAAUGUGAGGACCAAUGAGAGGAAGGAGCUAGGGGAGGUGCGGGUGCAGUACACGAGCAGGGACAGCUUCAAGGCCUUUGCCAAGGCCCUGGGCGUCAUGGAUGACCUCAAGUCAGGUGUCCCCAGGGCUGGCUACCGGGGCAUUGUCAGCUUCCUGUUCCGGGGCCGCCGCGUCCACCUGGCACCCCCGCAGACCUGGGAUGGCUAUGAUCCUAGCUGGAAUUAGUCUGCCUGCCUGUCCUUCCUGGGCCCCUUCCCUUGCCAUAUCACAGGUGGAGACAGGACUGCAGUCCCCGAGCCAUGUCAUCCUGUGUAUAUGUCUCCCUCUUGGGACUGUUUUCUUUUUAGAGUGGCAUUCGAGUGCAAGAUGAUAGGGUGAGGGUGGUUCUCCCAUUCUCAAGAGGGGUCAGAUCAGGGGACUCUUUCUAGGUUACGUUGGGAGGUAUUAGGCAAGAAACCACUGUGUGGUAGAGGGAGACUUGGGCUUGCUAGGACCAGAGACUUCCAUGUCCAGAGUUUUCUCCUAGGGCAUCUGCAGAGAGGUUGACAACUUUAGCUCUCUUGAUCAGGCCUCCUCUCCCCUGCUCUGGCUCUUCCAUGAGCCCUCCCCCUGUACCUUCCCUGUCUUCCCCCAAUGCAGGGGAGCUGGGUUAUGUGAGAAAGGGACGUACUUGUGGCCAAAAUGAGACUAACCAAAGGGGUUUCACCAUCGCGAGUUGGGGUGGAGUUGUUACCUGUUAGGGUUUACCACCACCUCCUCUUGUUUCUCUUCUUUAUCUUGGGUGCUUUUCCCAUCUUAUCCCUGUCACCUCUUCUCAUUUCUUCUUCCUGGCAGCCCAGCAAUUUGUGAUUCUAAGAUGAAAAACUGAAGGGGAAAAGCAAGAUCUCUCCUCAGCUCCUCACCAGCUGUUGGGGGUAAAGGUGGUGGAAGGAAAGCCUCAGUUGUGGCUGGGGAAACCCCCUCCCUCAUCUUUGCUCAAAGUGACAGACUCUAGUCUCAUGCUCCCCCUCCCCCACACAUCGAUGCCUUCCCUGUCACUUUAGGAAGGUUCUGUGCUGGCUUGUUGAAAGAGAGAAUUAGCUCCGAGCACCUUCUUCCCCUGGGAUUCGGUGCACAAGCUCCUCCCUGAGGGCUGUGGCUUCUGAUUGUCUUCUCUUCCUCAGUGCGAGGUGAAUAGUUAAGACCAGGACCACUCUGGCCCUGUGCCAGCCCCUGCCCCAGGCCCUCUCCCCCCAUGCAUUCCCAUAUCCUGACAGGUUAGGAUGC